CUUCCAACAAUCGCUUCCUCGCUUUGCACUCUGUUGUCUUUUGGUUUUAGUUUUUUACUUCGAAUUUCGGGCUUUCAACAAGUCCCAAAUGAAACAGUCUGCUGCAAUUAUUUCUGUUUGUUGUACAUUUCAAUUCUAGUUGAAAAGAGGAUUUGCUAAUGUUGCAUUACCAUGUGCUGAAGUGAAAGUGUGUUCGUGAAAGAGUGAGAAGGAAAACAAAAUUGUUCUUUUUAUUGCCACUAAUCCACACACCUGAACGAAGAAAAAGUUUCCUUCUGGAAUGGAAUCGGUGCAGAAGCCACCGCGUAGUGGCCAUUUGGACGUCGGCGCCUCGUGGGACGACUUUUACGGUUCGUCUAGCGAUUUGGUUCCGACGCUAAUGGACAUCUUUGACUCGAUGAUUGGGAACCAACAGCACAACAUGUCGCCGCCCUCACCGACGUCAGAUUCCUCGUGUGCACCGGCAAUGACAGCCCAACCAGCCGCUACUAAUCAACAUCUUUCGUCGAAUCCGCAGCCGCGCCAUUUUCCCGUUUUGAAAAUCGUCGAACCUGGCGAUCCGUUGCCACCACCACUCACCAAUGGUGCGAUCAAUAACAACGUGACACGGUCUGGCGGCGUUCGAAAUGGAACGACGACUUCGUCUCCCCGCCGUUCCGUGUCUUUCCGUUCGUCUGAAUUGGCGCCAGGCAAUGCGGCGGGAGGCGGAGCUGGAACGGGAACGAUGACAUCAACGGCAUCGUCCAGGUGUGGCAGUUCGUCUUCCUCGUCGUCGUUGACGUCACUGGCGGCGCCGACCAGUGUCCAUUCGGCCACCUCGUCUUCGUCGACAUCGUCGACAUCGUCGGGCCAUUUGACCUCGUCGUUUGCCUCCUCCUCCUCCUGCCAUUUGACUUCGGCCGAAAGUCUGGACGACGCCGGUGGCGUUGGCGUCACGCUGGCGGCGGCCACCGCAUCGACUGGUGGUGCAGCCACGGUCGGGGCCGGUUCGGGUUCGCCCAGCAGGAGACCGCGGAGCAGCGCCGUCAACAGCGAUCUCCAUCACUUGAGGCACUCGGGCGACUCGGGUGACAGCGGCGUCAGCAGUCCAGGCCCGCCCAGUUCGGAAGCAUCCGAGCAAAAGCAUUCUGGCGAGGAGGAGGAGGAGGAGGAGGAGGAAGACGAUGGUGACGAUGGAUGCAGCGACAAUCUCUCCUACAUGGACCGCGUCGUCAUGGAAGUCGUCGAAUCUGAGGCCGUUUAUGUUCGCGAUUUGCAACAAGUCGUUGAGGGAUAUCUGUACUUUUGGCGAGAUGAAGGAGAGAGAGCGCCGUUGAGCUCGGAGCAGGCCGCCGCCCUGUUUGGCAACGUCGACGACAUAUACCGUUUCAACAGCCAGUUCCUAACGCAACUCCAGUCUUGCGGGCUCGAUCCCGUCGAGGUGGCCCGCUGCUUUGUCCGCAAUAAUUCCGGCUUCACCAUCUACACCGACUACUGCACCAACUACCCCAGGAAAGUGUCGGUGCUGACAGAUCUGAUGAGAAACGAGGCUGCCAGCCGGGCGUGCCGCGAGAGGCAGACGCAACUGCAGCACACGCUGCCGCUCGGCUCCUACCUGCUCAAGCCCGUCCAGCGCAUCCUCAAGUAUCACCUGCUGUUGCAGAACAUCGUCAAGCACUGCGAUCGGUCGCAAACGCCCGGCUAUUCGGACAUAAUCGUGGCUCUGUCGGCCAUGACGGGCAUAGCUCAUCACAUCAACGAUAUGAAGCGAAAGCACGAACACGCCGUGCGCGUCCAAGAAGUGCAGAGCCUCCUCGACGGUUGGCCCGGCGAGGAUCUGACCACCUACGGCGAAUUAGUGGCCGAAGGCUCUUUCCGCAUGUACGGCGCCAAAGCGCCCCGUCACGUCUUCCUCCUCGAUCGCAUGUUGCUCAUCGUUAAGCGCAAGGAGGACGGAACUUUGGGAUACAAAGCCCACAUAAUGUGUUCCAACCUGAUGCUGAUCGAGAGUGUUCCAGGAGAGCCGUUGAGUUUCCAUGUCAUCCCAUUUGACAACCCACGCCAACAGUACACCCUCGAGGCUAGGAAUUUGGAGCAAAAAAGGGAAUGGGCGCUCCAGUUGAAACGUGUCAUCCUGGAAAAUUACGAUGCUGUCAUUCCUCAUCACGCUCGUCAGUUGGUCCUUCAACUGGGCCAAGAUCAGCGAUGCAACCAAGAACGGCCGGCUAGCAACAGCGGCGGUCACAGUUUCGAGCGCGGAGAUUACGCUUACAGCGCCACCGCAAGCGCUGGAAGCAACAGCAAUACGUCGUCGGCAGUCCACCACGUCAAGAGACACCAACACUCGGCACCCGAGUACCUAGAAAGGCGUAAACACUCGACCGCGGGCUUGACGGCCAAAGGCAGAAGUCGCAAAGGCCGCAAAUCGAGCCAUGAUGGAUCCAGCCCGCGUGAAUCGCCGCUCAUUCCACGACGAUUGCGGAGGAGUUUGGACUCUCGAGAUAGGAGCGUCAGUCAAGACAGGAACGAUCUCGAUCACGAGCGUAAAUUCAGCACACAUAGCUGUCCAACGGCGGCGGAAACAGCUAAAAACAAGGUUCGCAAAUUCGGAGCGUGGCGGCGUCGUUCCGAGCCUUGCCGGGAAACGAGUCUGGCGGUGGACCAGACUGAAGCGGAACCAACGAGUACAAAUGCGGCUAGCAGCGAUGGCAAAGUGCGUGACGAACAGCCACGGGAAGUGAGCGGGAGGCUUGAAAUUGCCAGCCCGUCAUCGUCCAGGGCGCUGGCAGCCGACCCGGAACCCACGAUGCAACCGACUUGCUCACCGCAACAACUACAGCAACCGCAGCGAAUGGUCCCCGAGAGCCUGGAACGCAUCGUCGAACAGCUAGUGUUGCAGAAUGUCGAAAUCCAGCGGAUCCUCCAGCGCAAGAAGCGCAGGGCGGCCGAACGCCAGCCGUCCGCUUCGUCUUCGUCGUUGUCCUCUUCCCGCCCUUACACCCGGUCGGAAUCGACGACGCUGGACGAGGGCAUCUACGACACGCUCAUGUCGCCCUCCGCGCCAGAGAUGAUGGAAGCUGUUGAAGGCGUCCUGUCGGACAUGGACGGAGAUUACGUCACGAUACGUAACGUGGGAGACGGGCAUUUUAGUCGAUGUCAUUUACGCCGCUCUCUGGGUAAUAAGAUACCAGAAAGGAUGGCGGACUCGUCACACUUGGCCGGCGCUGGCCCGUUUCCAUCGCAGCAACAGCUGCAGAAGGCUACCCUUAGCCGUUCGCUGUCGUGUCCAGCGCGUGGUCAGCAAGCCGUUCGAGUGGUCAAGAAAUCUGAAGCGUCCGUCUCCGAGAGCUCCGGUGCUGGUGGCAACAGAUCACUGGCGGCCGUCGGUGGUCGCAUUCAGAAGCUUUUGAACCACAUCGGUUCGCCAGAUCACUGGUCGAACUGGAUUCGUUCCUUGUCGCCACCGCAACGUCGCAAUACUACACCCGGUGAACCAGAUGCCAGCAGCUGCAGGAGUCGGUCAAGGAGAGAUCCGAUCGAAUUAGAUGUCGAUCCGAUGAACAUAUCCACUAGCCCUUGCGUGCCUUCCGUAUGGCUCCAACUGCAGAGCGAGCAUCUAGCAGAGCCGGGCAAGAAGUCCGGUUCACUUCCCCGCAGUUUCCAGACUCCACCCGAUUUGAAAUCGCGUUGGAUGGAUCGACCAAUCACCAUCGCUUCUGAUAGGCCGGCUCCCAUAGACCUCCAAACAGACGCUUUAGAGCUGUACAUCCGCUCGCAACAAGAACGUCCAUCCGAUCAGACUGACCAGCACUCGGCAAACGAAGGGUUCGACGAUAGUUUGACCGACAUUCCCAGUACUCCCCGUGUCAGUACAGACAACAUCCACGUCCAUCCCGACUACAAGAUUUACCGAAGGAGUGCGUCGAAAUCAUCGUUGAAAACCGUGUUGUCCUCGGUGUCUUCUAAACUGCGUUCAGGAUCGGAACAUUUUUGGGGAUCGCUCUUCAGCCUGAGUCACGAUGAUAGUGCCGUCACUUCGCCCUCUUCCGCCGGCCGGCAACACAGCAAAGUGAUUCACUAUCUGGCCAACCGCUACGCGCUGUUGUUGAGGCAGCGUCACAAUAGUCUGCAGCACCAUAGCAAUCCGACGGCGGCCGCUCACAGUGCCGUCAUUGGGGCCCGUAUAGCUAAUUUGUCAGAUUCGGCCGAUUACGUCAUCCCCAAGUACAGCUCGCCCACUACACCCAGCUGUUAUUCGACAUCGCGUUCGGAUCUAUCCUCUUCCAAAUCGACGGUAUCCCUGGCGUCGAAGACGACCUGGUACGGUACGCUAGAAUCGACGAAAGAUGCCGCCAUGCAGAUGAUGAUGAUGAUGGACACUGACGAUUCCGGCAGCGAACAAGAAGACGAUGAAGAUUCUGCCACGGGCAUGGAUGGAUUUUUUUACGAGCGAGCUUUUGAAGCCGUGGAACAAUUGCUGGAUGGAGCUGCGGCCGACUGGUGCUGUCGUGACAGUGCGAUCUUUAGCGACAGGGACGAAACGGGCAGUGUGAGUGAGGCGGCCAUCGUCAAGACCAAACCGCCGCCGCCCCCUGUUGCGUCCAAAUCGCAAAGAGUCCACCACCAGCAGCAGCAAAGCCGACAUCGAGGUAUGGCCAUUUUAGAUCGGAUGCGAUCGCUCGAAGAAAAUGGCGGCGUUAAGUGCUCCGGCAAGGAGGUUUCCGCCAGCGCGUCGCUGGAAAAUUUGAAAUCCAUCAGCCAACGUCGUAUGGAGUUAACCCAGGCGUUUACGUCGUCCGGCAAACCGGGAGACGAGAGCGAGACCAGCUCUCAGCACUCGACGUCCACGGUCAACACGGUGGUGGAAGUCCAUCCGGCCGGAGGCGGCGGACUUGCUGACGAUUCCAUUGACCCUCAUUCGCCCAUUCAUCAACGCCGCAUGGGUGCGACGGGGAUGAUUCAGCCCCAGGUGAGGAAAGGCUUGGAAUCACCGCCAACAACUUCCGAAUCGGCCAACACUGUUCCUUUGCCUAAAGGAUGGGUGAAGCAUAUCAUCGGUAAAUUACAAGGCGACGCUAAAUAGCUUUUUCCUUGUUUUUUCUUAUUCGUUUUUUCAUUUCUUUUAGAAAAUAAGGGGGGGGGGGCAGAAUAAUGAAAACUAAUUUUGUUGCUUCUUUAUUAUGAGAAUAAGCCAGUGCAAUCCUUUUUGUUUACUAUUUACCUCAACGAAUCCUCCCCUUCCUCCUCUGCGUUUGACUUGAUGACACCAAGUCGACUGCCCAGUGGAAAGACACUGCGCAAUUCCUUUUGUAAUUGACAUUUAGAUUAUUUACUUUGCCAAACAGACACACACACGGAAUCGUAAAAAAAAAAAGAAAAAUAUGACAAAAAAAAGAAAGGUGAAGUCUUUUUCUCUAAUACCGAGAGCACUUGUUCCUGCCUCGUCAAGAAGCGGUGAACAUGUCGCAUUAAAAAAAAAAGCGCAAAUUGAUCUAUGAAUAUUACAAAUAAUAAUAAAAAAAAAAUUAACAUAACGAGUCGCGUAUUGAACGUAUCCCGCACAAAAAGAACAAUACUUGACGGGUAUGUUUUGUUUAGAAAUCCUAGCCUAUCGAUCAAACACUAACAUUAUUUACUACAACACGGUUAUUUAACACAUUCUUUACCCAACCUUCCGUACUUCAUACAUACACUUUGCUUUUACGAAUCGUUUCACUUUUGUACAUAAUACCCGACCUAGUCAGUUACAAGCAAUACAAGUUUCUAUCUAUCUA